UGACAUCACGACCCAGCCCUUGAAAGAUGAGCUGUUCCCGCCGCCACUCCAGCUCUGGCUUCUGGGCUCCGAGGAGGGGUGGGGACGGUGGGGACAUCAGGCUGCCCCACAGUACCCAGGGAGCGACUGAAGUGUCCAUGCCGCUUGCUCCAGAGAAGCCCAGGUGGGGCCUCACCCACAUCCCACUCUGAGUCCAAAUGUUCCCUCCCUGGAAGAUACCAAUGUUUCUGUCUGUCCUUGAGGACUCUGUGCCCACCACAGCCUCUUUCAGUGCCGACAUGCUCAAUGUCACCUUGCCCGCUCUUAACGGGACCUUUGCCCAGAGAAAAUGCCCCAACCUGGAGUGGCUGGGCUGGCUCAACACCAUCCAACCCCCCUUCCUCUGGGUGCUGUUUGUACUGGCUACCCUAGAGAACAUCUUUGUCCUCAGUGUCUUCUGCCUGCACAAGAGCAGCUGCACAGUGGCAGAGAUCUACCUGGGGAACCUAGCCGCGGCAGACCUGAUCCUGGCCUGUGGGCUGCCCUUCUGGGCCAUCACCAUCGCCAACAACUUCGACUGGCUCUUCGGGGAGACGCUCUGCCGCGUGGUGAACACCAUCAUCUACAUGAACCUGUACAGCAGCAUCUGUUUCCUGAUGCUAGUCAGCAUCGACCGCUACCUGGCCCUGGUGAAAACCAUGUCCAUGGGCAGGAUGCGCGGCGUGCGCUGGGCAAAGCUCUACAGCUUGGUGAUCUGGGGCUGCACGCUGCUCCUGAGCUCGCCCAUGCUGGCAUUCCGAACCUUGAAGGAGUAUAGCGACGAGGGCCACAAUGUCACCGCUUGCGUCAUCAACUACCCAUCCCAAGCCUGGGUGCUGUUCACCAACAUGCUCCUGAAUGUCGUGGGCUUCCUGCUGCCCCUGAGCAUCAUCACCUUCUGCACGGUACAGAUCAUGCAGGUGCUGCGGAACAACGAGAUGCAGAAGUUCAAGGAGAUCCAGACAGAGAGGAGGGCCACUGUGCUGGUCCUGGUCGUGCUGCUGCUCUUUGUCAUCUGCUGGCUGCCCUUCCAGAUCAGCACCUUCCUGGACACGCUGCAUCGCCUCAGCCUCCUCUCCAGCUGCCAGGACGAGAACAUCAUAGAUGUCAUCACGCAGAUCUCCUCCUUCAUGGCCUACAGCAACAGCUGCCUCAACCCACUGGUGUAUGUCAUCGUGGGCAAGCGCUUCCGAAAGAAGUCUUGGGAGGUGUACCAGGGAGUGUGCCAGAAAGGGGGCUGCAGGUCAGAACCCAUUCAGAUGGAGAACUCCAUGGGCACACUGCGGACCUCCAUCUCAGUGGAACGCCAGAUUCACAAACUGCAGGACUGGGCCGGGAACAGACGGUGAGCAGAUGCUAGCAGGGCUGCUAGGAAUUUGUGUAAGGAUUGAGGGACAGUUGCUCUUCAGCAUGGGCCCAGGAAAGCCAAGUAGACAUCCAUGCGUGACCUCGGGCAAUGAGUAGGUGUCUCCAGAAAAACACUGAAGAGUAAUUCCUGCCCUGCCCAAUUUUGCAGGGAGCAUGGCCGUGAGGAUGGGGUGAGCUCAUGCACAGCCAAGGACUCCAUAAACACGACAGCAUUACUGUUCUUAUUUGCUGCCACACCCAGGCCAGCCUGCUCCUUCCCAGGAGUGGAGGGGCCCUGGGGGCGGGGACAGGAGUGACUGAGCUUCCCUCCCACGCGGUGUCCCUCUCUGCCCCAGCAAGACAACUUGGGUCUCCAGAAGAACUGCCAUCCAGCUUUGGUCCAGUGGCUGAGCACACACAUGGGCCCCGGCUGAAUUGUUGCCCUGGGUUUCUUUAAUCUGUUCAGCUGGAACUUUGGAGGACAAUUUCUUGUGUUAGUGGAAGUCAAGCUCUGAGGGGUCCCUGAUAAGAACCUGGAGACCAGGAUUCUAUGGCUCGCCUCACUGAUGGACAAGGAGGUCUGUGCCAAGGAAUAAUCCAAUAAGCACAGAUUGAGCGCUUGCUGUAUGCACAGUAUUGAACACUUGAAGCAUACACAAUAUGGAGCACUGGAGGCAAGAGGGAAGAAAAAGAAGGAGCCAUCUCUGUUUUGAAGGAACUCAAACACUCGAGUGGGAAUGACUGAGCUGCCACCAGCAGAAAGCUGUUCGAUGAGGUGGUCGAGCCGGGUGCUGUGGGUGAUACGGACGGUGGAAGGAAGGAGGCCCAAGGUUCCAGCUCAGCCAAUAACUAUUGCACAGCCACCCGUCCCUGCCUCAGUUCCUCCUCUGUGACAUGAAGUUAUUGUGAGGAUUAAAGGCAGUAACAGGUAUAAAAAUACUUUGAA